CGGAGGCAUCAGACUAACACACAGACACACGUAGUAGGCGGAGGCAAGAAGCCACACACACACACAUUGGAGGGAACCCCAUCAGCUGUGGGAAGCAACACAGCUUGAACUUACUUUUUAUUUUUCUAAGUGUAUUCUUCAGAUUGGAAGAUUUUGAAGCGGUAUUUUAGAUAUGCGCCAUUGAGGAGUUCAGAGAGAGCUUUGUGCUAAGAACGUACAUCCUAAUAUUUUAACCAGGACAGCAGUGGAGGAAGAAGAAAACACGGAGUACAGAAGGAGGCUUUGAAAGCAUGGAAUACUUCAUGAUGCCGACCGACAAGAUCCCGUCCUUACAGCACUUCAAGAAGACGGAGAAGGAUGUAAUUGGCGGUCUCUGCAGCCUUGCCAACAUCCCGCUCAGUCCGGAGACGGCUCAGGACCAGGAGAGAAGAAUCCGCCGUGAGAUCGCCAACAGCAACGAACGCCGGCGCAUGCAGAGCAUCAACGCUGGCUUCCAGUCCCUCAAAACACUCCUGCCCCACACAGACGGAGAGAAACUUAGCAAGGCGGCCAUCCUGCAGCAGACUUCAGACUACAUCUUUGCCUUGGAGCAGGAAAAGACCACGCUCCUGGCUCAGAACAACCAGCUCAAACGCUACAUCCAGGAGUUCAGCGGCUCAUCGCCCAAGAGGAGGCGACCCGAGGAGAAAGAUGAAGGGAUCGGGUCUCCAGACACGCUGGAGGAGGAGAAGGUGGAGGAGGUGAGGAGGGAGAUGUUAGAGCUGCGGCAGCAACUGGACAAGGAGCGCUCGGCUCGCAUGCAGCUGGAUGAGCAGAUGCGCGCUCUGAACACACAGCUGCUGCCAGACCGCCUGAAGGUGAUCACUCAGCAGGUGGAGGAGGAGCAGGCGCUCAUCCAGACCCAGACGCUGCUCAGGCUGCAGCAGAUCCACGCAGCCGACAGACGACCACACAGUCCACAGGUGCUGACUCCCCCCGCCCCGACCCACCACCCCACGGUCAUCGUCCCGGCCCCAACACUAACCCAGCAACCCCAUCAUCAUGUCACCGUGGUGACCAUGAGCCCGUCAGUCCACCCCAGCACUGUGUCUACAUCCAGACAGAACCUGGACACUAUUGUGCAGGCUAUCCAGCACAUUGAGCGCGCUCAGGAAAGGAGAGCGAGCGCGGAGGAGGAGCAGAGACGAGCUGUCAUCGUUAGCCCCGCCCACACCGCCAUGGACACCGCCUGCUCGGACACAGACACGGACACGGAGGGCGAGGACUGCUCAAUGAACUGAUCCACCCCGUGAACUCUCACACACAAACACUUAAAAAUACCUACUCACUGUAAGAUUCCCUCCAGGAGCUCGACUACUUUAAAAAAAAAAUCUUUCUUUGGCAUUAUCCAAACUCCUAAAUCCAGUGGUUAAGCUCUGUGUCAGUCUUGUACUGUAGAAAAAAAAAAAAGAAGAAGAUUGAAUACUUAGGGUGGUCAGCGUGUAGAGGUGGUCCUGUGAGAUUUCUAAAAGGCGGGUUUUCAAUGUCAGAGCCGGUCUGUGGCUACUUGAAAACGUCUCCUCGUGUAAAAAGCUACCAGCAUCAGUCCGUCCUUCACGUGCGCUAAUGUGCGCUCCAUGCAGGCGCAGCAUCAAAAUUAACUGUAGCAAUUGGCACAGUAUUAUCUCUGCUACAAAUUGACGGAGCUUUCAGGGUGGAGAUUUGAAUGUAACAACACAGAAGAAAGCAGCUCUUGAUUCUUAAAAGGGAUAUGGAGUUGCAGGUAUUUCUUUCCCAGUCUUAAUUAGUUCGGUUUUUUCUAUGUUUCCUGGUUUCCCAACUUAAAACUACAACAGAAGGCAUUUCUAAAUUAAAAGUUCUAAUUCAAAACUUAAUUGCAAAGUUAAUUUGAGGAUAUAUGUGGAAUGGAAUUAUGUCUGAAUUUACUUGAAAAAGGUUGUGUUUUUGAUAUCAAAUAAGCCCUUGAAAUAAGCUGUUGAACAAUUUAUAUCGUCCUUUAGUUUUUUAUGUUUAAACAUGUUUUUGUUAACCUUUUUUUAUUUUUCUGUCAGGGUUACUGAAUGUCGAAAGUGAACACUUUUUUUAUUGAGAUUAACAACACAAAGUCGGAGGCUUGUCGGGCUUUCACAGAAAACCGGAUGCCUUAGAUUAAUUCUAAGAGUCUGAUUUUAAAUUAGAUUUCAAAUUAAAUCCACUAAAGCCAGCCCCAUUAUUUUCUUAUACUGGUGGUGGUUGUUGCACCCCUAAUGUAAUAAAUGAAUAAAACAAAAAUACGAACCAAAUGUUGGUUCAUAGCCGGAAAAGUAAUUCACACAUUGACUGAUUCUUUUGAAAUGCGCCCUUUGAUAAUUUGGCUGAAAUCUGAAACAGAUUGAAUUGAUUCUCAUGCUCUGUUUGCAUGAAGGCUUCCGGUUUUCCUCCAAAGACUUCCAGUCUAUUGACUAGUCUUGGUUUGAUGCUUUCAGUGACUAUGCACUAGUGUUUUGGUAUUUAUGCAAUUCCAUCUUCAGUAUGUUUGUUGGUGUCAUUAAUACGUGAGGUGAAGUUAUCUAUGCACCGUUGAUAGGUGUGUACAUUACACCUACAGUAUACAGUAUGUAUGAAACGGGACAUGCUUGUAUCAAAGAAUGUAGUCACUACUCGCAAGGUGCUUUUCGCCAUCUAACUUCACAAGAGAAUAACGUUUAUUAAGUGUGUGAAUUUUAGCAGAAAUGAUAUGCGUCAUUUCCACAUCUUGGAAUAGCUUAUUGAGUUGUGGUGCAGGGGGGAGACGGCAGAUGUGUAUGUGAUUUCAUUUUGAUAUUUGAUAACAAAUGGAAAAUAGCUUCAAAAAUAGACAGGUCACAUCUUAAUGAACUCUAACCCCAAAAGCUUUAGGAUCAGCCUGGGUAGUUUGAAAACUAAGUAAACUGAUAGUGAUGUUUCCAGAAGCCACAAAAAGUGCAACACUAAAGAAAAGCACUGAAUAGAUAUUCAGAUCUCCUCUCUCUAAAAUGCACCAGGUCUGUCCGCCUCAUGUUACCUUGCUUAUAUUUCUCUGGAAUUUGACUGGAAAUCCCUGCUUGGAGCCUCCCUCCUGUCAUACUCGAUUUGAUACGCUGACUUGAUGCUGUAAACAUUCCUUUUUCUUAUGAUCUCUUAUAUGUUCUGUUGCCAAUUGAAUGCAUGUUACUAAUUGCUGUUUUCUCUUGUCUAAAGCAGGCUUACUUUUCUUUUUUUUAAAGGUUUCCUUUUCUUUCAUGAACACAUGACUGAUUAAUUCAUUGUGAAACUGUCUGUUGACUUGAUAGAUUUGGGGACACUAUUAACUUACAUCAGUUUUAUUUCUGGUUAGAGUAGCUGGUAUUUCUCAUGCCAAACAUGGUGGGAUAUUCUCAUGCUUUGUUUGUGAAACUUUGUUUAAGGGUUUGGUGUUUUGCUGGUUAAUGUUAAGCCACAGGCUGAUUUUAAUCUGAGGUGCGUGAUUGUUCAACUGAACACUUCCCCCAAAUGUUCCUGUACAUUGUGUUGCAGCACUGCUGUCUUUAGGUGGAAUUUGAGAUAUUUGAUAUGAAGCACUUGCUGUUCUGUACUGCCUGAAUCAAUGAUGAGGAAGACUUUUUUUUAUUUCUUUGUAAACUCCAUGCUGUGACUCAACUCGGCAGCUGUUUUUAGUGCUCUGCUUUUCUGUCUAUUUUUUGUCUUUCUUGUCCAGUUUUACAUUUUUGGUGACAAGCAUUUUUUAUAUUUUUGUGAUUUUUAUUUUUCCCAUCAGUCCAGGUCGAUGAGAAGCUGUUAUAUUUUGUUUAUAAAAAAAACUUGGGUAAACAGGCCUUUGUAAAGUUGAAAAAAAAUAAAUUUGUACUUUUUUUAUUACACCC